CAGCAAAGCGGAAGCGUGAAAUUUUUUUAUUCAGCUUCAAGGGCUUACUCAAACUUUUCAGCAAUCACCACGCUAAAGAAGUUUAAAAGAAGGCAUGUUGAUUUUGAAAUACUUUUCUCUUUUGAGGAUUUUCCAGCUUUCUAAUGUUUCCCUGCUUUGAAGAUUCUGCUAACACCAACUUUUGAUCACAAUGAGAAAGCUUACAAGAAACUUUCAGGAGUUUUCUGCUGACUACUUUUUGUGAAUCCUGGGCCGGCAUAAGGAAGUAGCAAACUGCAAGUACCAGCUGUUCAGGGCGUUAAAAAAACUGUUGUUUAACUGUAGUUUUUAGUAAGUAAAAGGCUGUAUGGAACAGGCAGAAAAGUAGGGAUUCAUGCAACAGUCAGUAAUAUUUCAGCUGAUUAGUUUGAAGCAGAUUUGCCUUGCCAAAAAAGGCUCUUUGUGUAAAGAAUAAGUAGGCUUGCUGCUGAAAAAGUCCUGCAGUAUGAAACAUGAUUCAAAAUCUUCCUAGUUCUCCUGUGUUCAAGCUGUAAACUUUGACAGAAAUUAGCGUUACAGACAACUAAGAAAGAUAGCUGUAUAUUAUCUGGAGCAUCUACUUACUUCUAUAUGAUUUGAUUUAUUCAACGAAAUGAAAGACGUUGAAAGUAAUUUUAUAGAAAUGAACCAGCAUUUUUUCUUGGAAUUUUAGUGUUGCUGCGACUCGACAAACAUGGAACCAAAUCAAAAUUCUGACUGCAAUCUAGGGAUAGAAACAGAAGCUGGCUCAGUCCAGCCUCCCUUCCCUACAUUUUCUAUGAAAACCCUUUUUGGAUUUACAACUAAAUUGGAAUCAGGCACUCCAAAAGAGCAAGCAGUUCUUAAAGGAUUUCAAAAUGUCAACAGGCAUAUUGGCAGCUGUGUUGACAAUCAGAAAGACAGUAGUAGUAUCAAUGCAGAUGAUACAGAUACAGACCAUCUACUUCCAGAAAUUUUGGAGGUGGAAAGAAGCAACAAUGUUCAAUCUACUCCAGAAGCUACUAGUGGCAGCAUGUUUGCUCUGGGAACUGCUGCUGCCCAAGUUGUGGUUGACUGUGUUCCAAAUGAACAAGAAGCCGUUGCUGAUGCCUCAGACAACUGCAAAAUUAUUAUUGGAUACCCUGAUGACUCCAAAGUUAAAAUAAAUUCUGAAGCAAGCAUUGGUGUUCUAGAUAGGGCCAAUGGCUGUGGCCCAGCUGAUUUGGAAGUGCAGGAAACAGAACCUAAUGAGCCACCUCUUUCACAUACAGAUGCUCUAUAUUCUCCUUUGUCUGAAUUCAGCAAACAAGUUGACAAGGAUUCCAUUAUUAUUCAGAGUGCACUGGUUCAUCCAGCAAGUGACACAAGGUUGGACAAUGAGGCUACAGACCCAGACAAUCAUGAAAAUGUAGCAAACAAAAUUUCCUUAAAUGGUACGGUGUCUUUGGAUGGUAAUAACCAGAAUACAGAGGAGAAGGAAACAGGAGCAGUAUGGAGAGGAACUGAUGGUACUAUACAUGGAAAUACAGCAGAGGAUAUUUUACCAAAUUCCAAACUGCCUUCAACAGAAAUGGAUGAUACACUCCAUGAAAUUUGCUUAGAUACAAAUAAUACAACACCAAACAGUGAGAAGAGCUGUAGCUCUGCUGAUGCAGAAGAAAAUGCUCAGGGGGCUGGAAAAGACCAGAGAUCUCUUGCAAAUAAUUCCAGCACUGAAUCUCUCCAAAGACCAGCUACAAAUGAGAAGACCUUUCAGCUUCCUGCCUUCUUUAGUGGAUUACGUGUGCGGAAGAAAGGAUUUUCUGCAGAGGAGGAAACCGUUACUGAAAUUAAAGAGAAAGACAGUGACUUAGCUAUGCUUAAGUUAAGACAGCCUGUUAAAAAUGCCAGUAUUGCUCCACAGCCAGUUACUAAAAGGAAACUAAUGGAGCCUAAAAAUACUCCCACAUUUCGGGAACAACUUUCUCAAUUCUUCGGGCCUAAAACUGAGGAUAAAGAUGCUGGUGAGGUAAUACGUGAAUCUGGAAAUAAUGAGGAUAGCCAAGAAAGCAAAUUUCCAAGUGUGGAGCCUGCUUGCACCUCUGAAGAGGCAAAGCCAAGUCCUGCUGAGUCUGCAUUGGAUGCAUUUAAAGCUUUAUUCACACGCCCUCCCAAAAAAGAGACCACUGCUGACACUUCAGAACUGGAAGCAAUAAAGCGCAAAAUGAGACAUGAAAAAGAAUCACUGAAGGCAAUAUUUGAAAGAUCUAAGUUAAAAUCUGGUGAUGGAGCUACUGAUACAAAACCAACUGAUGUGGUCCUCUCAGAACAGGAUGACAAGACACCAGGAAGACUCCAGACUAUCUGGCCACCACCCAAAGCAAAGGAUGAAGAAGAAAAAGUAGGAUUAAAAUAUACCGAAGCAGAAUACAAUGCUGCUAUUUUGCAGUUAAAGAGGGAGCACAAAGAUGAAGUUGAAAAAUUGAAGUCUGAGUUUGAACUCAAAGUUUUCCAUGUUCGAGGAGAGUAUGCUUUAUUAGUAGCAAAACUUGAGGAAGACAUCAAAAAUUUAAAAAAUGAACUGGAAAAUAAAUUCUACAGAAGAAGUGAAGAAACAAAGGAUAUCUGUGUAUCCACUGAAGAUGAUCACCCACCAAAAACAUACAGAAAUGUAUGUAUACAGACAGACAGAGAAACUUUUAUAAAGCCAAAUGAAGAUGAAAACCGGACAGUCAAGAAUAACCAAAUAAUACCUAAGAAGCUUACUAUACCAUUUUUGAAUAGUAGCAUUUCUUCCUCAACUGAUCAUAAAGAAACAUGCAGUUGUAGCCAUGCCUCAGGAAGUAUUGUAUCUCAGCAGGAUCAAAUGUUGCCACCACCACCACCACCUCCACCUCCUCCACCUCCACCUCCUCCUCUUCCAUCUUCACUGUCUGGUUCAGUUCCUCCACCAACAACUUUGGGAACUAUACAUCCUCCUCCUCCACCACCACCACCACCAGCACCACCACUUCCUGCAGGUUUUGAAGGCCACCAGCUAACACCGCCUCCUCCACCAGGACCACCUCCACCUGGAACAGGGCUGCUUCCACCUCCUCCACCACCUCUCGGAUCUAGUUUCCUUUUGUCUUCAAGUCAAGGUCCUCGGAAACCUGCAGUUGAACCUUCUUGUCCGAUGAAGCCACUCUAUUGGAACAGAAUACAAAUAAACGACAGCAGUGCAAAUUCAGCACCAACUCUAUGGGACUCAUUAGAAGAACCCAGCAUAUUUGAUACCAUUGAAUUUGAAUACUUAUUCUCCAAAGAAACAGCUCAGGAAAAGAAAAAGCCAUUAGCAGACUCUUAUGAAAAGAAAACAAAAACCAAGAAGAUUAUCAAGCUAUUGGAUGGAAAGAGAUCCCAAGCUGUAGGAAUCCUGAUAUCUAGUUUACAUUUAGAGAUGAAGGACAUACAACAAGCUAUACUAAAUGUGGAUGAUUCAGUAGUUGACCUGGAAACACUUGAAGCACUGUAUGAGAAUAGAGCGCAAAAGGAGGAACUGGAGAAAAUAAAGCAGCACUAUAACACUUCAAAGGAAGAAGAAGUAAAACUUUUGGACAAACCAGAACAAUUUUUAUAUGAAUUAUCCCAAAUCUCCAAUUUUGCAGAACGUGCCCAAUGUAUAAUAUUCCAGUCUGUCUUCAGUGAAGGGAUAACUGCAGUGCAUCGUAAAGUUGAUAUUGUUAAUCAGGUUUCUAAGAGGUUGUUGGAUAUGAAAAGUGUGAAAGAAGUUUUAGGCUUAAUUCUUGCUUUUGGAAAUUACAUGAAUGGAGGGAAUAGAACACGUGGUCAAGCAGAUGGAUUUGGUUUGGAAAUACUUCCGAAACUAAAGGAUGUUAAAAGUAGGGGUGCUGGCAUCAGUCUUGUGGAUUAUGUUGUGAUAUAUUACCUACGCCAUUUUGAUAAGGAAGCAGGAACAGACAAGAGUGUGUUUCCACUGCCAGAACCACAGGAUUUCUUCCAGGCAUCGCAAGUUAAGUUUGAAGACAUAAUAAAAGACUUAAGAAAACUGAAGAGAGAUCUAGAAGUUUGUGAAAAACAGAUGAAAGUGGUUUUCCAAGAAUCACCUGAAGAACAUCUCCAGCCCUUUAAGGAUAAAUUGGAAACAUUUUUUCUGAAAGCUGUAGAAGAACAUAAGGCAGAAGAGAGCCAUUUACAGAAUGCACAGAAGGGCUUUAAAGAAAUGGUGGAAUAUUUUGAGAUAAAGCCAAAGCCUGGAGAGAAGGAGACCAUGCCAAACCAUGUUUUCAUGGUGUGGUACGAGUUCUGCAGUGACUUUAAGUCCAUUUGGAAACGAGAGAGCAAAAACAUUUCCAAAGAAAGACUGAGAGUAGCUCAAGAAUCAGUGAGCAAAUUAACUGCGGAAAAGAAGGUGGAAACCAAGAAAAUUAAUCCUACUGCCAGUCUGAAAGAAAGACUACGUCAGAAAGAAGCCAGUGUGACCACCAACUGAAAGAAGACACAUGAAAAUAAUGACAGUGUGACUUAA